AGCCCAUCGGGCUGGAGGAGUGUAGGGAGGAGAGGGGGUUUGGCGUGGAAGCAGCAGAAAUGGCCAGCAAAGUGGUGGACCUGUUGUACUGGCGUGAAGUGCGGAAAACAGGCCUGGUCUUUACUGGGCUGGUGGUGGGUUUGGCUUGUUUCUUCCAGCUCAGUGUGAUCACUUUGUUGUCCAACCUGGGCCUGGGCCUCAUGGCCUUUACACUCCCAUUGCGUCUAUUCUACAAAGCCAUGGAGUUGGUCCGCUUCUGUGAUGCAGAACAUCCCUUCCAGUCAUAUUUGGAUGAGGACAGCUCUCUGACAGAUGAAGACACAAUCCGUGUGGUGGAGAAGAUUGUUCUCCUGAUUGCAACUCUCAUCACAGAGCUAAAAAGACUCUUCUUCAUUGACAGCAUUGUGGACUCCCUGAAGUUUACUGUGCUGCUGUACCUGUUGACCUAUGUGGGGGUCCAAACCAAUGGUCUGACUCUUAUGAUUACUGGUGUGAUUUGUGCUUUUUCUCUGCCUCUGGCAUACAAACUUCAAAGGGAGCGGAUUGACAAGUUUAUCAAAGCUGUCAAAUCGCUGGUGGAUAAAACCAAAGAGUUAAUUGAGAUUGUGGUGAUGUUGGCCAAACCUGCACCGCGUCCAGCCUCUGGACCAAAACCAAAACUCAAAUCUAAGUGAGAAGGAUGAAAGAACAAGGCAUGGGAAGAAGAAGAAGAAGAAGAAGAAGGAGAAGAAGAGAAAUACAGUCUUAUUAUGUCCAAAUUCUUACAGUGCAUUCAGGGCCCUGUCAGGGUGGAUGUAGCAAGGGAUGGGAAAUUGGGGGAUCGUUCAAGGUAAUGGGCUUUUGCUUUCUUGAGGUAAUAGAAAUUUGUUUCAUUUUAUUCCUAAAUUUCAGCAGCUGGUCUCUAGAACUGAAUCAGUUUCUGGCAAACAAAUAAACAAACAAACAAACAAAAAAUGCAGUAAUAUAAACAGGAGUUUUGGUAGAUUUACUAUUUCACCUACGAUUUAACUUUGAUUUAUUGAUUAUUUAAUUAAACAAUCUUUUUCAUCUGGCA